CUGUCAAAUUGUCAAUUCGAAAAGUGACAGCCGGAUAGCUUCAUCCAGGUGUACGGGCAUCAACAAAACAUGGCAAUGUCCAGUGUAAAUAGCGGUGAAAUACAGCUUGUAAAACAGGGAGCCGAAGCUAAAUUGUACAUCGGUACAUACAAAGGCCAACGAUGUUUGGUGAAGGAACGCUUCGAAAAGAAAUAUCGCCAUCCGGCGCUCGAUCGCCAGCUGACCCGACAGCGCAUUAAAGCGGAGCAGAAAGCGUUCCAAAGAUGUGCCACAGCCGGUGUAUUAACACCGGCGUUUUACGGUGCCGAUUUGGAGGAACGAAAAAUCUACAUGGAAUAUCUCGAUAAGAGUAGAACGGCAAAGGAUUUCAUCGAUGAACUAACAGCAUUGUCGCAAGAUGCACAAGAAUCACCGCUGCUACAGAAGUUGGCUGAAAAGAUCGGCUACGUGGUUGGUGUGCUACAUCGCAACAAUCUAGUGCACGGUGAUCUGACCACCUCGAACAUACUGCUGGAUCCAGUGGAGGAAGAUCCGGAAGAUCCUGUAUUCCCGUAUCGGUUGAUAACGAUCGAUUUUGGUUUAUCUCACUUUAGUGAUAACAACGAAAACAAAGGUGUGGAUUUGUACGUGCUUGAGCGUGCCAUUCUUAGCACUCACAGCCAGCUGCCAGGACUAUUCGAGAUGAUACUGGAGGCGUAUCGUGUACACAAUACGAACAACUGCAAGGAAACGAUUGCAAAGUAUGAAGAGGUACGCGCUCGUGGCCGAAAGCGAACGAUGGUGGGCUGA